AUAUAUAGCACCUCAUGGCUCUCCUUGGAGAUGCACAUUAUUCGCCUCAUCUUUACUAGAGACUGAAGAGAACUAAAGAUGGCACAGACCCUUCGCAUGGCCGUCGCCAUUCUUGGGAAUGCUGCCUCAAUUUCCCUUUACGCUGCUCCCACGGUCACUUUUGGGAGGGUCAUAAGGAAGAAAAGCACAGAGGAGUUCCCAUGCAUCCCCUACAUCAUCGGGCUGUUGAACUGUCUCCUCUUUACUUGGUAUGGACUGCCUGUUGUGAGCUGCAAAUGGGAAAAUUUCCCUCUGGUUACCGUUAAUGGCGUCGGGAUCGCCCUUGAGCUAUCUUAUGUUCUCAUCUACUUCUGGUAUGCUACGGCCAAAGGAAAGGUGCAGGUAGCCAUGACAGCUAUACCAGUGUUGCUAGUGUUCUGCAUCACUGCUAUUAUCUCAGCUUUUGCCUUCCACGACCAUCGUCAUCGAAAGCUACUCGUGGGCAGCAUAGGUCUUGUGGUCUCUAUAGCAAUGUACGGCUCUCCUUUGGUUGUGAUGAAGAAAGUUAUAAAGACCAAGAGCGUGGAGUUCAUGCCCCUUCCCUUAUCGCUGUGCUCAUUCCUAGCCAGCUCGCUCUGGAUGACCUACGGACUUCUCAUCAGGGACAUUUUUGUUGCGGGACCGAGCGUGAUUGGGCUUCCACUAGGCAUCCUCCAGCUGGUGCUGCAUUGCAAAUACUGGAAAGGAAGAGUGAUGGAGGAACCAAUGAAGGAGGAUGUAGAGAAGGGGAGCCUUGAAAAAGAAGGAUUGGAAGUGGAAAUGGGGGACACAGAAAAGAAGGGCUCGGAGAAGAAUGUGACAAAAUCGUAGGAUGUGUAACCGGUGACCGGUAGCAGUUCCAGCGGGAUAGGGUCCAGGGUUUCAGAAAGUUCCGCUCAUAUUCCGGCCUUUUUUAUAUGUAUAUUUCUGUCUCUUCUAGUCUCUAGUGCUGCCAUGUAUUCUUCUCAUUAACCUUAGUCGUAGUUUCUUCUACCUCUAAUAUAUGCUCUUCUGUUCUGAACAA